UAUCAGUGUUAACAGGGUAGGAGGAAACUAUCUGCAGAUUCAGGACACUAAUAGCUCUGUUCCAGAUUAUCCACUAGGGGACUGACCUUCACUUUGCACAACUUCAACAAACUUUUCCCGUUCAGCUGGUCGUCACAUCCGUUUUUAAAGUGAAGUUUGGGGAAGUCCAUUCUGGGACGGUGGAUGAGUGUCGGUCUUAAACGUUUCAUCCCGGCCGGUGUGCGAUUUACUUUUCAUUAGCUUGUGGUUCGAGGAGAAAAGAAAUCACAGUGGGUGAAAUUUCUUUUAAGAGACCUGAAGUCUCCAAACAAACUCUAAAGCCGCGAUGUCAAGCUGAAAUAGACAAACUACAUGAGGAGGGGGUUUUUGUGUUGGUCAAGUGAAAGAGGCUGUAAAUUUACUUUUUGUUUUUUUUUGGGAGGGAGGGGAGCAGGCAAGCGAAAUGAAGUUACUUGCAACUUUCCUGUUACUGUCUGCAUUCGGGUUGUGCCAAGGCGAAAACCUUUUAUUGCCUCUGAAGAUUUCCACUUACAACGGCUCAGGAGAGGUGCUCAUAGACAAACGGAGCUCACUGUUGGGCGGUAUCUCGUUCGCCUCUCAGUCUGCAGGGGCUGUGAGCUUCUUCAAUAUGCUCAACAAUCUGAAAGGAGAUGUAGGGAGAGGCUACUAUCUGGAAGUGUUGAUCGGGACGCCUGUACAAAAGAUGAAUAUACUGGUCGAUACUGGGAGUAGUAACUUUGCAGUGGCUGGUGCAGCAAACAGCAAUAUAAAGACCUAUUUUAAACCAAAAUUUCUGUGGGUCACAAAACUGCGGAUCCAGUUGCAGAGGAUGGAGCUGAGACCUGAGUUUUUAGAUGAUUAUAGAGGGGAUAAUGUCGAUACAGUUGCAGAAUUUGCCGAUGGGUUUUGGUCAGGCAACCAGUUGGCUUGUUGGACCUCAGGGACUAUACCUUGGUCUUACUUUCCAGAAAUCUCCAUCUACCUCCGAGGAGAGAAUUCAACCCAGUCUUUCCGAAUCACCAUUAUGCCACAGUUGUACAUCCAACCAAUGGCUGAUAUUGGAGUCCAGAUGGAAUGCUAUAGAUUUGGAAUCUCCUCCUCGACUAAUGGAUUGGUUUUGGGUGCCACUGUGAUGGAAGGCUUCUACGUCAUAUUUGACCGGGCACAGAAACGAGUUGGAUUUUCUAUCAGCUCAUGUGCAGCCAUUGAUGGUUCUGCAGUCUCUGAAAUCGCUGGUCCAUUCUCAGCAGCAGAUGUUUCGAGCAACUGUAUCGGCAAAAGGCCAAGGAGCGAGCCUGCACUCUGGAUCAUCUCCUAUGCUUUGAUUACACUGUGUGGCAUUACCCUCCUGGUUUCAGUCAUCUUGCUGAUUAUUCCUUACAGCCAUCGCAAUGGCAAUGGUCUCACUGAUGAUUCGUCAUUAAUUAGGCAUCGCUGGAAAUAAAGCCAUGCACAGCAUGCUUGGAAUGAUUAUCGGGCUGUUUGCACUAUUUGAUGGCACCUGUGUAGCCUGGUGCCCAUGGAACAAGUUUGAUUAUUUAAAAAGUAAAUGAUGGUGACUAAUGUUGUGGCAGGUUGGGAAGUGAACCUUCAACCCAUGUCACACAGAAUGUGCAUUCUACUUAAUUGCCCUCCAAUCCUGAUAUGCAGCUAGUGUACUGUACACUGACUAACAUCUAUUAGUUAUCCAAUCACUCUGUAAACUUCAAACGUACCAGUUGGAAAUUAUUUGAAACUAGGCAAUUUUGUGUUGAUUGAGUGCUUGGAUGAUUGUAAGGUUUCCUAUCCAUUUAAAUUAUGAAUGGGCCUUGACAUUGAAUAUAUUUUCAAAUGUGAUGUGGUCAGAGUUUUAUAAUACCACUAGGGGAGCAAGAGCUAAACAAAAGAAUUCUCCAAAUUCCUCUGCACCAGCAUCCCUCAACCAAAGAGUAUGAAGACAGUAGGAAAGUUGGAAGAUGUCAAUAAGUGUACAGCCAUCUCUCGCGGUUACAUUUUGGGGUCGCAGGACAAUUCAAUAGAAUAUUUUCUUUUUGCUUUCUUUAAAUUGGAGAUAAUUGUAACUCUUAAUGUCGAUGGAUGUGUUAAGCCAUUAUUGUGAAUUUAAAAAGUUGCACUCUUUAUAUAAACUGCAAGACACUCUA